AUGGUACAAACUGUCGGCUCGAAAACCGCAAACGGCAAUCAAUGCGCCCGCGAUGCAGAAUUGGUCCAUCUGGUUGAGCAUGUUGCACAUCUCUUGCCGGCUCAGGGACCGAUCACGGCGUUCGUCCACCACAACACGCUACAUGCCUUCGAAGACCUACCAUUUGAAGAAGCCGUGGUGCGUGGCGCGGAGCUCUUCAAUUGUCAUCCAUACUUGCCGGAGGAGCGUUAUCGGAAGAAGCUGGCUCGGGGGCGCAUUCGCCAGGAAGACAUUGAAACGGUGUUGAUCAAUGACCUCGGCGAACGUGGUGAUGAGUUGCUCGGCUUUCUUGGCACUCGCUUUCAUUUGCAGAUGGCGAUGCUCGCGCACCCGUUGCAAACUGCACCCUCGGCCGAGUUGCGAUGGUUGAUUGCCGAGACAGAUGCACUAAGGACAUUUCGACAGGAAGCCCCUCACAACGUUCGAGAACAAAUCAUUGCGGACACGCGUCAUUGGGUGAUGCGUGACCUACGCAAUGGAGGGUCGCGGGUGCUUGCGGACGAUCGAAUCCGUGGCCUUCUCUCUGACGCUUUCGACCGCUUCGAUAAGGAGCAUAUCGAGCAAUGGGACGACGAGACGUGGGAAGCGUUUUCGCUGCACGCCUUGUGGUUGAUUUGCAAGAAUCGUGUCAAGCAAACUCAAGCUAAAGGCCAAAGUCAGCAGCAACCGGUGCGGCAUCGAGAUUUGGUCUUAAAUGCAAUUGGCAAAGACACCGAUGAUUUGGUCAAUGCCCUACUGAUCCGUUUCUGUGCUGCAUUCCUGGAUCAAGGUUUUGCCAAUUGGACACUGCCGAACCGUGAGGCGGGAUUCUAUCAAGCCUUCUUUUCGUUGUACAGCCAGCGACUUCAGCCCAUGGAACGCUGGAUGCACGGACUUAACACGGAGCUAAGGCGCCUCUCAACGGCGGGCUUCACUCCGCUGGAGUCGAUAUUUGAGUCCCUCGACAUGCUUGGAGUUACGGUCGAAGAGCGACAAGAAUUUAUAGCCUCAACGUUGCUGGCACUUCGCGGUUACGCCGGCAUGAUCUGGCAGCUAGAGACACGUGCCGAUCGUGCAGUGCGUCCGCUGCCCUCCGGAAGCUUAGUUGAGUUCCUCGCAAUCCGACUCAUUCUUGAUCGCAUUGCACUGGAAUACGUGGCACAGGAAUCUCUUGGGUUUUGUGGGCAACUCAACGAGCUUCGUCCAUACUUGUUCGCCCAAGAUUCACAACACGUGAAUGAGGGCGUCGAUCAAAGAGCUUUCUUGGUUUUUCAACUGGCCCAAGUUAUUGGCUGGAGCCCAGAGUUACUGUGCCGGUUGUCUGUUGCCGAAUGGGAACUGCUAUUAAGAGAACUCGUUGGGUUUUCCGGAUUGCAUCGACGUCGGAUCUACCAUCUCGCCUUUGAAAAGCGAUAUCGCAAUCAAACACUCGAUGCCGUGGCGCUGCACAGUCGCAGGAGGGCCAUGUUGAAACAAGAGACCGGCGGUCACUCCAGAGCUUCAUUUCAACUCGUUUGUUGUAUCGAUGAGCGCGAAGAAUCGUUCCGGCGACACCUGGAGGAAAUCGCACCCGACUGCGAGACAUUAGGGGCCGCCGGAUUCUUUGCUGUGGCGAUCUACUACCGAGGGGCGGCUGAUGCUCACUUUACGCCCUUAUGCCCAGUGAUCAUCAAGCCCCAGCAUUACGUGGUUGAAGAUGCCGCCUACUCACUCGAACAAUCAGAUCGGCAACGUCGCAGGCGUCGACGUGCUAUCGGCACGGUAACGCAUCGGGCUCACGUGGGCAGCCGCACAUUCGCCGGUGGAUGGAUCGCAGCAGUAUUCGGUUCCGUUGCUUCGAUCCCACUAGUGAUGAGAAUUCUUUUCCCGCGUGCGACGGCAAACUUCCGGCAGUUGUUCGGCAGCCUUGUCCGCCCUCCGGCAGUUACGCAACUACACCUGGAGAGAACCGAGAGUGACCCUGGUCCGGAUAACGGACACAUCGGGUACCGAGUCGAUGAGAUGGCUGUAGUUGUAGAACGAUUGCUGCGCGACAUGGGACUCACGAAGAACAUCUCUCGCUUGGUCAUCAUUUGCGGUCACGGCUCAUCGAGCAUGAACAAUCCGCACGAAGCGGCUCACGACUGCGGUGCUUGUAGUGGUGGACGAGGCGGUCCAAAUGCACGUGCCUUCGCCCAGAUGGCAAAUGACUCUCGUGUUCGCGAACUAGUGGCCAGAAAUGGUUUGACAAUUCCCAGCGACACCAUAUUCGUCGGCGCAUAUCACAACACCUGCGACGACAGCGUUUCCUACUAUGAUCUCGAUCGUGUUCCAUCGACACACCGACCUGACAUGCAACAAGCCACCCAGGCAAUCAAUGUAGCGCGAGCGAGAAGCGCUCAUGAACGUUGCCGUCGCUUUGAGUCCGCAGAGUUACGCUUAUCACCGGAAGCAGCGUUGCGUCACGUCGAAGGACGGGCAGAGGACUUGUCGCAAGUUCGACCAGAGUACGGGCACGCAACCAACGCGCUUUGCUUCGUCGGCCGCCGCGAUUGGUCUCGUGGACUGUUUCUUGAUCGGCGAGCAUUCUUGCAGACGUAUGACCCCGCUCAAGACGAUCAAGACCACACCAUCCUUAACCGUAUUCUGCAGGCGGUUAUCCCGGUUUGUGCGGGCAUCAAUCUCGAAUACUACUUCUCGUUCGUCGAUCCCAUUGGAUAUGGAUGCGGCACGAAGUUGCCGCACAACAUUACUUCGUUACUCGGGGUCAUGAACGGAGCGGCGAGCGAUUUGCGGCCUGGGUUGCCGUGGCAAAUGGUCGAGAUUCACGAGCCCGUGCGGCUAUUGUUCGUGAUCGAAGCGACACCCUCAGCACUUCAAAGCAUCAUCGAAAACAACCAAGGUAUUGCUCGAUUGGUGCAAGGCAACUGGGUUCAGUUAGCCGCGCUGGAACCCAGCACCUCUGAGAUACAGGCAGCACUACAAGACUUCAUGAACACUGAAUCCAUUCUUCACGUUCUUGGCCUGUUCGUCGUCGCAAGCCCCGCAGCGCUAGUCGCUGUGGUGGGUGUGCCUUCGCUGAUUGGAAGACCGCUGCGUGAAACAACCAUAGAAAAGUGGACGCAAGCCACCACGGUUACAGGCUUGGUAGCCGCUGUUGCGAUCCUUGGAAUUAUGCUCUCGGUGAACACACGGUACGUGCCAAUCGAGAUUGGCGAGUGGGUUGUAAUUCCCGAACAACAUUUUCAUUUCCACGUGAAGUUCGUCUUCGAUCGUUUAAGUGUGCCCUUCGUCAUACUGUCGUUCUUACUGUGCGGGACCGUAGGGGCAUUCACUAGCCGCUAUCUGCACCGUGAGCCAGGGUAUCGAAGAUUCUACGUUUGCUAUUCGUUCUUCACGCUGGGCAUGAUCGUCACUUCGUUGGCGGGCACAAUCGAGGUACUGUUCCUAGGGUGGGAAUUGGUCGGUUUGUCAUCCGCACUCCUAGUUGCAUUUUUUCACGAGCGCGUUUCUCCGGUGCAGAACGGGUUGCGAGUAUGGACCGUUUACCGCAUUGCCGAUGCCGCAUUCUUGAUAGCCGCUGUGGCAUUGCACCAUCUUACCGGCGGAGGCGAUUUCGGCGGCCUGAUGGGCACCGGGUCAUGGCCUGAAGGCCAUGCAUCGCUAACGUCAGAGCAAGCCUUCUUCGUGGGAGUGUUGCUGUUGCUUGCAGCAGCAGGGAAGUCUGCGCUAGUACCUUUUUCGGGUUGGUUACCGCGAGCCAUGGAAGGCCCUACGCCGUCCAGCGCUAUAUUCUAUGGAUCGCUGUCGGUUCACCUAGGUGCUUUCCUCUUGUUGCGGGUUAGCCCCAUAUUGCAACUUUCGUUGGCACUCUCCGUCCUUGUUGUAGUCGUUGGCCUCACGACUGCUGUGUUUGCCGCGGUUUCAUCACGAGUGCAAACGGAUAUCAAAAGUGCACUUGCAUAUGCGUCUUUGACGCAGGUUGGCAUUAUUGUUGCCGAGAUUGGCAUUGGUCUUCGCUACAUUGCCCUGAUUCACAUCAUCGGGCAUGCCUGUCUUCGAACCCUGCAACUACUGCGAGCACCGACCCUGCUGCACGACUAUCACGCCUUGGAAAAUGCAGUGGGCGGACAUCUUCAUCACGAACCGAGCUUCUGGCAUCGCACCCUGUCUGACCGCACGCGGCUGUGGUGGUAUCGCUUUGCCCUUGAACGAGCUUAUUUAGAUGUCUUUCUAGACUACUACAUUGUUUAUCCGUUCCAACGCGUGUUCGAGUGGUGUGACGCCAAUGAACGGCGAUGGACGGAUUGGUUAUCGGGCGGACACUCGCGUGAGUCGGAUGAUGUUGAACUACGCGACGUUGCUCGCAAGCGGACUUUGAUCACUAGCGGGAUCACGCUAUUUCUUGCGGUUGGGGCCUGGGAAGAUUUCAGUACAUUGCAUACCUUCGAAGCGCAUGACCAGUGGGACGUCGUUUCAAAUCUGCUUGGUGAGAAUAUUCUCGUCAUUGACGAGUUGAGUGCACCUCUGAUCCCACUCGCGGGGUUGCUCUUUUUUCUCACCAUGCUGACUACGCUUCGAACUAAAGUGCGUCGGUUUCCUUUUGCCUGGACCCUUGUCUCGCUGGCAAUAGUUCUAGCCAUGCUGAGCUGUCGGUCUCCAUGGGGAAUCAUUCUGCUAUUGGCAGCCCAGACGAUUCCGCCUGCCGUUGAGAUCAGAUCUCGCGGACGUUCGCUGCGGGUGUAUCUGAUUCACAUGGUGGCUUUCGUCGGGCUGCUCGCCGGCGGCUGGGCCAUGAUUGAUGCGGAGGGAGAGAAUGCUCCACACUCGAUCUGGGCGAUAGGCAUGCUGAUCGCAGCGGUGCUGAUCCGUAGUGGCAGCGUGCCAGUGCACUGUUGGAUGACCGAUCUGUUCGAGAACGCGACCUUAGGCACGGCUUUGCUGUUCGUCACCCCAAUGGCAGGAGCCUAUGCCGCUGUGCGGCUUGUGUUGCCCGUUGCGCCAGAUUGGGCGCUGCAGACGAUUGCCCUGAUAUCGCUGGCAACCGCGGUCUAUGCGUCCGCAAUGGCACUCGUUCAGCGAGAAGCGAGACGGUUCUUCGUUUAUCUGUUUCUGGCGAACGCUUCCCUAGUUCUGGUGGGGCUGGAGGUCGCUACACCGAUCGGAUUGACGGGGGGCCUGUGCGUGUGGAUAUCGAUAGGCUUGUCACUCGCGGGUUUGGGCCUCACUUUGCGAGCGUUGGAAUCUCGCACGGGGAGAUUGUCGCUGACCAGCUACCACGGUUUAUAUGAGCACGUUCCGCAGCUGGCGACUUUCUUCUUGCUAACUGGUCUGGCCAGUAUCGGUUUCCCGGGAACGGUAGGUUUUGUUGGUGCUGAAUUGCUGGUUGAGGGCGCUGUGGAUGUUUAUCCCUACGUCGGCAUGCUUGUGGUGUUUGCAGCCGCACUCAACGGGAUCGCUGUCAUGCAUGCUUACUUUCGCCUGUUCACGGGCACGGAGCAUACCUCAUCAAUCCCGUUGAAGGCUCGCUUGCCGGAGAAAGUCGCGGUAUUGGCGCUAAGUGCCCUGAUUCUUGGAGGCGGAUUGUAUCCUCAGCCCGGCGUCGUCUCGAGAUUUCACGCUGCCACCGAGAUCAUGUCACGCCGGAAAGUGCCGGCCGAAGAAGUGAACUUCAUCAUGGCAACGCUCGAAAGUGGUCCGCAGACUGAGCCCCCCAUCGGGAACGCGUCCGGAUUCGUCAAGUAUUUCAAGUACGACUUCGUUUCGGGUUUCCUAGUCUUUCUCAUUGCUUUGCCGUUGUGCCUUGGAAUCGCCUUGGCAAGUGGCUAUCCGGCCAUUGCGGGGAUUUUCACGGCUAUCGUCGGGGCAAUUAUCACGACGUUCAUAAGCAACUCUGAGCUGACCAUCAAGGGACCAGCCGCCGGGUUGAUUGUAAUCGCUGUCGGUUGCGUCGAGGCCUUCGGCGGCACCGGGUUCAUGGGUGAGGUCACGCAAACUGACAUGGAUGCCUACCGCAUGGCGUUAGCCGUGGGAGUGGCUGCAGCCGUGAUGCAGAUCGCUUUCGGAGUAUUUCGUGCCGGAAUACUUGGCGAAUUCUUUCCGCUCUCGGCCGUUCACGGCAUGCUCGCUGCCAUUGGUGUGAUCAUCAUGGUAAAGCACAUUCCCAUUGCACUGGGCGUUCAAGGCGCCCACGGGGAGCCCCUGGAAAUGAUGAAGGAGAUCCCUCAUUACUUCACCGAGCUGAAUCCGGAAAUUGCACUGAUCGGGGGCAUCAGUGUCUUGAUCAUGUUCUUGUGGCCCUCGGUGCAAGGGUGGAAUAAAGCACUAAAGGCAGUUCCAGCCGCACUGGUGGUCUUAGUGGUUGCCGUUCCAAUUGGCAUGUACUUCGAUCUGCUUCACCAGCACUCGUACUCCUUCCAGGGGCAUACCUACGAAAUUGGAGAGUCAUUCCUUGUGAACAUGCCGGACCGAGUCUUCGGCAUGUUCGACUACAUCACGACCCCCGACUUUAGAGCGUUCGAUGGCGAUCAUGUCACGACGGCGCUGCCAUGGGUAUUCAUGUUCUUUGCCAUUGGUAGCCUCGAAUCGAUUCUCUCGGCCAAGGCUAUCGACAUCAUCGAUCCUUGGAAACGCAAAACCAACCUCGACCGCGACAUAGUAGCGGUCGGAGUAGGCAAUCUUGCAAGUGCCUUCAUUGGUGGUCUGCCAAUGAUCUCUGAGAUUGUUCGUAGUAAAGCAAACAUCGACAACGGGGCCCGAACCCGUUUCGCAGACCUGUGGCACGGGCUUUUUCUAUUACUCUGUGUGGCACUAAUCCCUACGGUGUUGCACCGCAUCCCGUUGGCUGCAUUAGCGGCCAUGCUGAUCUACACCGGCUUUCGGCUAACUCAUCCUAAAGAGUUCAUGCACGUCUACGAGAUCGGCAAGGAACAACUGCUGAUCUUUGUCGCCACCUUGGUGGGUGUGCUUGCAACGGACUUGCUGAUUGGUAUUGGAAUCGGCAUUGCUGUCAAGCUGCUGAUUCAUGUCAUCAACGGUGUACCAGUAUGGUCUUUGUUCAAGCCAUAUUUCGAUGUUGAACUCAAAGACGAGCAUUUGGCGGUCGUUCGUGCCCAUUAUUCGGCGGUCUUCAGCAACUGGAUCCUCUUUCGCAGAAACGUUAUCAGACUCGGCCUGAUCGAGCGUAGAAAUGUGGAGUUAGACUUCUCCGACUGCAAACUAGUCGACCACAGCGUUAUGGAGAAGUUACAGGAGUUAGAACGCGACUUCGAGGACGCUAAGCUACACCUGAAAGUGAAAGGGCUGGAUGGCCACAAGGCACUCUCGCGACAUGACUUCGCCGCCCGUAAACGCGCACUCGUGCGGCUGCAAAGAAUUACGGUUGUCGCGGACGCAAGUCUCGAAGAGCCUUUGGUCUCGAAGUUUGUUGAACUGGGCGCCACAGGGUAUACCGCCAUCCCUUGUUACGGAGCUGGACGUUCUAUUCUGGCGAGCGGAGACGGGCCCACCAACUCACAAGUAAGGAUUGAGGCAGUGGUUCCACGAAACGUUGCAGAACAAAUCCUGUAUCACCUACGCACUGAGAUCACUCCGGACAACCGUGUCACCGCAUGUUCUGAAACAGUGGAAGUGAUGCGUCAAGACGAUUUCAUAUAG